CGCGCACUGCAUCUGCCCGACCAACCGAUUAUGGCGGACAGACAGUGAAGAAUGAUAAUCGCCUUUUCUAAAUCAGAAAGUAUCGACAACAGCCAAUGGCAUAAACCGGGUUUUUUGUAAAAUUGUACAUUGUAAAUAGUUCUGUGUACAUAUAGUAAUUAUAUUUGUGGUCGUUUUGUUUAGAAAUUGUGUGAAUAGUGUAAAUUUUUCAGUGUUUAUUCAGUUCAGUAUUCGACACCGACAAAUACUUCUGUUUAUAGUUAAUACUACAAAAUAGUCUAUAAUUAGUAAAUUUUGAAGUUGUACUAAUAUAAUAUCGUAUAAACAGGAAGUUUCAAAUUGUCCUUUGUUUAAACUUUUCAAGCAAACCGUUGUACCGAGUCACCGAGUGCAAUAUUUUGGUUUCUCCAGCGGCUGUCAUCGUGCUUGAUAAACUACUGUCAAUACAAAGAAACAUAGGUUUAAAAGUCACUGAAUGGCAAAGUUUUUGUAAUACUAGCAAUAAAAUUAGUCAGCUAGAUAAUGUAAACUAUUGACAACAGAAGACUAUUUUGUUUUUGUUCAAAAUCAAAGGGAGCGUCAUAUAUUCCGUAAAACAGGAAAGCGGAAUACAUUUACGAGUAGGAAAGAUUAAAUCAUCGUAAAGCUGAAUGCUCGAACCUCACGGUAGCCCAAUGAAGUGGCCAGGUACCGGAGUAGAAGAAGAGGCGGGAGAAGCAGGGUUGCAAAACGUGCGCCCUUCACAAACUCGCAGUCAGGACGAUGCCUCAGUGCAUUACGUAUUCCAACGUGAACAACAAGAAGGAGAACUCACUUCCCUAGCUCAUAAGCAAAGGUGGGCUGUUGGAGAAGAUACUAUUGCUGAGAGUCAAGAUAAAUGGAAAAAUACCACACCUAUAACAAUGAAUAAUAUACAUCAACAAGGACCAGCUAUACAGCUUAAAAAUUCCCAAACAAAUCAACAACAAUACAUUAAUCAAGCAAUUGCUUCUUCGGUUUCAACUUUGGCUAUGAACCCCUCUGUUAUUGGCAGUCACCCUGCACAUCUAACAACCAACAUGGUUCACACACAACUGGCACCAAUGCAAAACCAUACAUUGGGUAGCAGUUUGACAAUUCAAAACAGUGCAAUGAUGAUACCUGCACUUCAAAGCAUUCAAAACCCAGCACAAUUAGGUCAACAAGGUCUUUAUGAUAUUCAUCAACAUCAUGCUAACCCAAUGCAAGCCAUGAAUGGCAUUGGUAAAACAGGAGAGCAUCUCAUGUAUUUAAGUCAGGCAGGAAUGUUAGCUCCUGGAACUAACCAGUUUUUGCAACAAGGACAAAGUCAACUUGGGCUUACACCUGUUGCUACAAUAAGGAAUCAGAUUGCACCUGCUGCAAAAAAGCUAUGGGACAAGGGGCCAGGCGCCGGUGGCGAUACCAAAGGCCCUCCGCACCUGCCUCCACUGCAAUUGAACCCCGACCAAAUGUGGCGUGAUCCUACUUGGUCUGCUCAAGCUGUCGAACACAAUGUCAGCGUCGCAAUGAUGGGAAACCGUCGUGGGGUUACUUUUCCCGGUGGAGACGCCGGCAGCAUUCUCUCUCCUCGUGACACAGCUGGACUUGGUGUAAAAAUGGUCGAAUAUGUCUUGGGAGGAUCACCUACAGGAGGUGUUUACGUAGGUGGAGGAGAGAAGGUCGCCGGCGUGGUGGCGGGCCUGCGCGGCAUGGUGCUGGAGGAGCGCGCCGAAGAUAAAGCGACUUCGCCCUUCGACAAGGACCUGCACGAGCUACACGAGCACGGCUCCCUGCCCAACGGGAUACACAACGGACAAGAGGACGAUAAAGCUUUUAAUACGUGUAAGUACAGCCGCACGCCCGGCUCGCGCCAGCCGUCGCCCGCGGAGGAGGAGGGGGCGGGGGGCGCGCGCAACGGCGAGCCGCCCGUGUUCCCGCUGCACCCGCACCACGCGCUGCCGCAGCCGCAGCCCAUGCACCAUCUGCCGCAUCUCUCGCACCCACAGCCACACCCGGGGAUGUUAGGCGUGGCUCCACUACAGGGCCUACCGCAUCCGCAACACGCACAGAUUCACCCAGGAAUGACACUAAACGACUCUAUGAACCAACACAUCGAACUUGUUUUACAAAUGGAACAACAUCCUCAAUUCGACAACAGCAGCUUUGCGAGCUCGCAACAGUACGGCGGCGCGGUGGGAGCGGUGAGCGCGGUGAGUGGGGUGGGCGCAGAGAGCGCAGGCGGGGGACUCGUCAACGGCGCGCCCUCGGCGCCCGACUCCGCGCAUCACACGCCCUUCGACGUGCAGCAACUAAUUCGGUCACAACAAGCGGCAGCAGCGGGCGGACAAGCGGCAGCGGCACAGUUACAACUGCUGCAGCAACAACAACAGCAACAGUUCCAACUGCAACAGCAAAUAGCCGCCCAACAAGCGUUCACGCAAGCCCCGUACGUAAUCAACACAGGACAGGAAGGUGCGCCGUACGUGAGCGCAUUAAUCGCGGGAGUUCCGCCUUAUUACGGAGUCGCAGCGCCAUGGGGAGUAUAUCCCGGCCUCGUAGCGCAACCCGCGCAACAGCAAGCCCAGCAACCGCGACGGCCGCUCACUCCGCAGCAAGGCGAACAGCAGGUUAACGGGCAAGGCCAGUACGUGAUUCCUUACUACGACCCCGGCUCGCUGGUCAUGGGCGGCCGCAACGGUACCCCUCUGCGACUCGUGUCGCCGGGCGGCGUGCUCGCCCCGCGCCAGUACCAGCCGGCGCCCGCACACCCCGCCGCCGGCGCCGCGCCCCCCGCCCCCGCCCAGACGCACCAGCCGCAGCCGCCAGGCGGCGCGAGCGGCGCGCGGCGGGACUCGCUGGAGUUCGGCGGCGGCGGCGCCCUGCACGAGUACGCACGCAAGUGGGGCCCCUCGCCGCUGUCCCCGCCGCUGGGCGCCGCGCUGGGGCCCGUGGGGCUGCGGCCCGUGUCCGCCGCGCCCGGCGCCGAGACCGCCAAGUACAGAGCUGUGAGCAGUUUAGCCCAGGGACUCACCUCUAAUGGAAUGUUUGGUUCGUCUUCAUCGCUACUCAGCAAACUCGGUGGAGUUGGAACUAUCUCAGAGCUGGUGAGCGGAGGCGUGGGCGCGCUGGUGGGCGACAAGCCGGCCGCGGGGCGCUCGCGUCUGCUCGAGGACUUCCGCAACAACCGCUUCCCGAACCUGCAGCUGCGCGACCUCGCCAACCACAUCGUCGAGUUCUCGCAGGACCAGCACGGCUCCAGAUUUAUACAACAGAAACUAGAAAGAGCAACAGUCCAAGAGAAACAAAUGGUAUUUAACGAAAUUAUCGGGGCAGCGUACAGCCUCAUGACGGACGUCUUUGGGAAUUAUGUAAUACAGAAAUUUUUCGAAUUUGGCACGACCGAACAAAAAACCACACUUGCACAAAAGGUUGUACAGGUGCGCGGUCACGUGCUCAACCUGGCGCUACAGAUGUACGGGUGCCGAGUCAUACAGAAGGCGCUCGAGUCCAUCCCGCCUGAACAACAACAAGAGGUCGUCAGAGAACUCGACGGACACGUGCUUAAAUGUGUCAAGGACCAAAACGGGAACCAUGUUGUUCAAAAGUGCAUAGAAUGCGUGGAGCCGUCAGCGUUACAGUUCAUAAUAAACGCAUUCGCGGGUCAGGUGUACGCGCUGUCCACGCACCCGUACGGCUGCCGCGUCAUACAGCGCAUCCUCGAGCACUGCACGCCCGAGCAGACCGCGCCCGUGCUCAACGAGCUGCAUGCCCACACAGACCAGCUCAUCACGGAUCAAUACGGGAACUACGUGGUGCAACACGUGCUGGAGCACGGCGCCGGCGAGGACCGGUCGCGCCUGGUGGCCGCCGUGCGCGGGAAGGUGCUGCAGCUCUCGCAGCACAAGUUCGCGUCCAACGUCGUCGAGAAGUGCGUCACGCACGCCACGCGCAACGAGCGCGCGCUGCUCAUCGACGAGCUGUGCGGCUUCAACGACAACGCUCUCCACGUCAUGAUGAAGGACCAGUUCGCGAACUACGUCGUGCAAAAGAUGAUCGACGUCGCGGAGCCGACGCAGCGUAAAGUGUUGAUGCACAAGAUCCGACCGCACAUCGGCUCGUUGCGCAAGUACACGUACGGCAAGCACAUCAUCGCGAAGUUGGAGAAGUUCUUCAUGAAGGCGCCGGAGCUCGGCCCCAUCGGCCCGCCGCCGCCGGGCGCCGUGCUUUAGGCGGCCAACACUUUUAUACAUUUGUGAAUAUUUGCGAUUGUACAUUUGUAAGUAAAGAGCCCGCGGCGCCUGUACAUAGCCACGUCCCGGCGGCAGACUGAUGUACAGAACGUGCGUAUCCGAGUACUUGUAACAGUUGUAUAGAGUCGUCUCUCCGCGACUUCAUAUUUCGUUGCGUUUUAUAGUUUUAAGUGUUCUAGUAUUAUUCGUUGUUCGUAUGAAUCUAUGUAUAAAUAUUUGAACGUCUCUCAUUCUUGUGUAAUUUAUGAUUCGAUGCAAAGCGGCGGGCGACGGGCCCGAGCGCCUCGUAGGUUAGUUCGUUGUAGAUUUACUGUUAGCUGGGCUAGGGGACCUUGAAUCUUCUGAGCGACGGAGAGAUGCCGCAGGCAGUUCUGGACAAUCGACACUAUAGUCGUGAUCGUAGCGUUAUUUUUUUGUAUCAAGCUGAGCUCUCGUUUAAGUUUUAUGAACCGGCUUAAAAUCGUAUAUAGACUAUCGAAUAUUUUUAGUGCCGGUGUGUAUAGAUGGUCGGUUAUAAUUUGUGAAAAUGAUAUUUUUGUAUAUUUUUAUGUAAUUAAGUUAUUUAGUAAAGAGCCCCGCGAAGAGCGGGAUCAGCUCUGUCGAGUGGACGAUGCUUAUGUUGUAGUGUGUGCUUAGGUUAUAGUGAUGAUUGUAAAGUUCUGUACUGAUAGAUGUAGUUCCGAGGUCUACCUUGCCGUGUGCACGUCGAACACGUAGCUGCUCCUCAUUCCCCUGUGUAAUAAAAUUGAAUAGGAAGCGUAGAUUCCUGCGACACCUCAGAUUUUUUACGUCUAGGUAUAAUUGAAAAUAAAAUUGUUGUAAAUGGCUGUACAAAAAAUGUUAACAAAAAUAAUUUGUGAAUCCCAUAAUGUGAUGGAAUUUGGAUGAGACGUCGAGAGAGACAGCUGACGGAGCCGUCCCUCUGGAGGCCUCGUCUGUAGGUUGUACUAGAUAAACGUUUAUAAGAGGAUCCAUCUAUUUAGACAUUAAUUAAAAUAAAGCAUUUCUGUAAUAAUAUUACAAUGAUAA